AUGGACCCUGGCCCUGCCCUGGCCUGGCUCCUGUUCCUGAGCCUACUGGCUGAUUGUCUGAAAGCUGCUCAAUCGCGAGACUUCACAGUGAAAGACAUUGUCUACCUCCAUCCUUCAACCACACCAUAUCCUGGUGGAUUUAAGUGUUUCACCUGUGAAAAGGCAGCAGACAAUUAUGAGUGCAACCGAUGGGCUCCAGACAUCUACUGUCCUCGAGAGACCAGAUACUGCUACACUCAGCAUACAAUGGAAGUCACAGGAAACAGCAUCUCUGUCACCAAACGCUGCGUUCCACUGGAAGAGUGCUUGUCCACUGGCUGCAGAGAUUCUGAACAUGAAGGCCACAAGGUCUGCACUUCCUGUUGUGAAGGAAAUAUCUGUAACUUGCCACUCCCCCGAAAUGAAACUGAUGCCACAUUUGCCACAACGUCACCCAUAAAUCAGACAAUUGGGCACCCACACUGCAUGUCAGUGAUAGUGUCCUGCUUGUGGGUGUGGUUGGGACUCACAUUAUAGCAGCUGCGAUGCGCCAUGUAUAGUAGCAAUCCAUGGGGAUCACCAUGGUCCAUGGUCAUGCAUGAGUCGUUGGCUUGACAAUAGUUACACGUGCGAAACCAUGACACUCACAGAUGUCUUCACAGCCAGGCAUUUCCACCUGUCAUGAGGAACAAGCAUUGCUUCAGGGUAGUCAUUUCAAGUCCAAGACCUCAUCAAAGCCAGCCUGCCGCCAAAACAGACCCUGAGUUUUA